AUGCGGCGCGAGGAGCUGGAGGAGUACCAGGUGAAUCCCUUUAGGGACAGAAUUUGCCGAGUGUUCUCCAUGGACGGCACCUUUACGUUCGAGGAUGUCUUAGGCAUGGCCUCUGUCUUCAGCGACAAAGCUAGUCCCCGUCUAAAAAUAGAAUAUGCCUUUUAUAUUUACGAUUUCAACGAGAACGGCUUUAUCGACGAGGAAGACCUGCAGAGCAUCAUCCAGCGACUGUUAAACAGCGACGACCUACUGGAGGAAGAGCUCGUCACACUGACAAACCAUGUGCUGUAGGAGGCCGACCUGGACAAUGACAACAUGCUGUCCUUCGCAGAGUUUGAACACGCCAUGUCGAAAUCGCCGGAUUUUUUACAGUAA